AUGCGGUUCAUAUCAAGUCUUGCUCUUGGCCGCGACGGACUUGAACAUCACGCCAAGAAACUCGAGCGUUCUGCUUACACGAUUGUGACCUCUCGGACUGUGCACGCUAUGCUGCUCAUCAUCGUCGCUAAGAGAGCUUGCUUGAACUGUGCAAUGCCGAUCAACGUGGGCGAGGAGGCGCUGGAAUGCACGGGUUGUCGGCGAGUGGUAUAUUGCAGCGCUCGAUGCCAGAGGCAAGAUAGGUCGCACGGCGAUAUUUGUGUUCAACUCCAGCAGUUGAAUGCCGAAGAGAAGCAGUCGACGCCCGCUACGGGACGCCGGACGUAUGACGAGUAUGUCACGGUCGUGAGCGCUUUGACGAAUCCCGUCUCGAACGCGCUUAAGGCGUACUUUGGCUUAAGCUAUGAGGGACAUACUAUGGUUGGCGACUUUGUCAAGCACGGCAUCAAAUGCGAAGGCUGCUACUUGACACCUUUCCAGAAGCCCGAAGACGUCGAGUUCACUCCUUGCCCGCGUUGUGAACUAGCCUGGUGGUGCUCCCCGGCAUGCAAGGUCGACUUCGACAGAAUACACACCAGCGAGCAAUGCAAUGUCCUCUACGAUAUAUUCUGCACCGAGCGUAUGAAGCUGGAUUAUGGCAACGCCCGCAACACCAACAGGUGCAUCAACGUCAACACGGACCCAUCUCUCCACAAAACCUACAUCCCCAUUUCGUCCAUCUCCAACUGGAACGAGUACUUCAGGACUUUCGAUCUCAAGAUUGCUCUGACGACUAUGAAGCUGGCCAAGGAACUCGGCGCGCACAACAAGAACGCGCAGAAUGCCGUCGUGCUGCUCGUCAAGCAGGCGCAUGUGAUACCCCUGACGAUUGCGACAGCACUCGAACACGCGUACCCGGAUAUGCCCAAGAGGACCUCCAUCUGCCUUCACCUUGUCGGAGCGGAUACGUUCGAGCUCACGAAUAUGGCGAUGUUCGAGAACGUGCUGCAUUACUUCCCUCGCCUACGCACGCUCAAAGUUUGCUUCAUCGGACCCGGGUCGGCAGUCGACACCCAGUACAACUCCAAGAACAACGCUUGCGCUGCGUGUCAAAGAGCCGGUCGAGUGCGCGAGAUGGCUCUACAUCGCUCGGACUAUCACGACUGCCCGUGGUCGAAGCCGGGAAACUCGUACGCGCCUGACCUCAUCGUGGGGUUUAACACCGGGAUGUCCGAGGUUGCGGUGUUCGCAUGGGAGAAGACGCUUGACCUCAUCCUGAAGUUGGGCGUACCGGCACUGUUCACGGCGUACUCGAAAGGCGAGGUCGAUCAGGAAGAGAAGAUGCUGCGAGACCGCGGUCGAAGCCUUUCGCGGAUCGGCAAGUCGGCCGCAGCUGCAGACGUGAGAUCGCCAUUAUACCCACACGCGGAAAUCGCCGCUUGCUUCAGCUCUCCAUUGUACCGCGCGCGCGAGAUCAUCAUCUGCACGAUGGCCGAUCUCCUCGCAGCCGCGCGCGAGCAUAACACGCUGGCGCCUAUCCAUGCUCAUCUCGCGAACGAGCACCUUCAGGACAUCUUCCUUGCGCUAUCGCUCAUUGAUACUCCUUCGCUCGAACGUCCUCAGGGGUGGUUUCUCUCAGUCAACGGCGUAUGCAAGCUCUGGCGUGAGAUCGCUCUGAACUCCGCCGAGCUUUGGGCACGUUGUGCCGGCUCGUUCCCCUCUCAACGCAUGACAGAUCUUGCGAUCCAGCGGGCGGGAAACGCCCUUCUGAGUUUCAUCGGGCAUCACGAGGACCACGAAGGACAGGGAUACGCACUCACGGAUUAUCAAUUGUUACUAGUCGAGACGCACGCGAAGCGUCUGCGAUCGCUUGUGCAUGAUGAUUAUAUUGAUUGGUCGGGCAUGUUCUAUCGAGUGCGAAGCUUCCCUGAGCUGGUGACGGCGAGAAUAUGGGACGACUCUGGUCCUGAUAUGUGGAAUGGGCACAUAGACGCGCCGAGAAUGGAAUGCUUAUAUCUUAACAACGCGCUGAUACCGUUCGUUGCGCCCAGACUUCGUUAUCUGCGCGUGGACAUGGACAAUGUCGAUUGGCGUCGAAGGCCACAUGUUGCGCAAUCGCCGGGAGGGACCGUACCAGAUACUUGCGCCGCAGUUCCGAGGAUCUUUCCCACUCGCGAAUUCAUAUCUUUACUCCAGCGUUGUCCUGUACUUGAAAGGCUUAUCGUCACCGAUAUGCCGCUUCUUAUGGCCAAAGAGCUGCCCAUGGUGUCUGAGCUGCACGCUCAGCUCCCUAACCUUCGUGGUCUACACUUGGGAGGCAAAUCAGAGGCACUAGGCGACUUCUGGCAAAGACUGGAGAUGCCUCUCGACGUUCAGAUUUUCAUUGACACCGAAUAUCUAGAGGAUAUGCCAUACGGGUGGAGGUCAUACGAUCAAGACGCGCUUCAAGUGAAGAUCACGGAUCAUCUGAACUCGCCUGUAUAUGACAGUUUGAGGCUUAAGAUGACAUUAUCCUAUGAUCUCGUGUUGCAGCUCUGGUCCUCGGAAACACAACAUGCGAGUAGUCUCGAAAUUGAUACGUCCCUUGAGAUAGUUCAUGAGUCUACAGCAGGUCCUGCUUUCACGUUGAGAUUGCCUGUUGGAUCACAAGAGUACCUUGAGAACCCUUUCGAUUAUGAUGACAGGGGUCCCAACAUCUGGACCGGUCCGGGGAUUGACCUGGACCCAUUUGUACACUUUCAGAAUGCCAUGGCCAGAGACUUCUACCGCCGUACUGGGCUCGCGAUACAGCUCAUGGAGUCGUCGACACUCAAAGACUUCGACCUGACAGAUAUACCCUAUGCGGAGUACGAAACGCUGAACCUUUACGAGCCAGAUGACUGUCUUUUCGUUCUCUCAAGGCAUGAUGGGCCGGACCGGAGCGUAACCCUCAGGUGGUCGUUGAUAUGCCGCAUAUUGGAACAAGCUGCAAGCUUGGGUAUGCAAGAAGAAGGAAUAGAGAGGCUAGAGAAGCUAUAUUUAGGGAACUUCGCGAAGAUAACGAUUGUCGACUUUCCUUGCGCGACUUUCCCGAGCCCAAAACGGUGCGAUGAGGAGCUGAAUGCCAAGGCUUGGGACACUCUGACCCUCUACUUUCGGGAUCGAAAGCCGGAAAACUUCCUGGUCCUCUCAGAAUCACCGUCUGAGCUGUCAAAUAUGGAGCGCUCUGAGGAUACGGGUAGUGCACGGGCGGACCCGGAGUCCUACACGGAUGCAGUCAGAGCCGUUACCCGGGAAGGUUGUCGAAGGAUCGCACCGUUCGUUACAGGAUUCGAGGACUUGCGAGUGCAUAACCCACGGUCUUAA